AGGAGAGAUUCGGCGACCUCUCUGUGCUAUAAACCAAACUCGCUGCCUCGAUUCCCCUUUUCCUUUUUGUACUCUAGCAUUGUAGAUAGCCCGAGCGCUGGGAGAGGGUUCUUCGCCGAGAGGGAAUUUCACCUUGUUAAUCAAGUCGCUGCGCAUCCGCAUGGCUUCUCUCAAUUUUAUCCUUGUAGGAUCUCGCUAAGUAACUGCAGCCACCUGUCAUGCUAUCCCUGAUUCUCAGGACCGCCCUGUUGAUCGUCGCCCUUCGCGCAAAACCGCCCCCGAAAUUCCAUGGCCGGUCGUUACCUACCAACGCCGUUCGUUCCUCCUUUGCCGGGCCACAAUCGAAUUUUCCUGGCCAGAAGCCCGUUCUCGGAGAUCAGGUGGAGUUCCGAACCGCCCUUUGAUUUAGCUGGUUUGAUACCAUGAUCAGGUCACGCAGUCCGUCCCAUGAGGCCAGACCAAGAUGCAGAUAGAUAUAGUGUCGAAGAACCCGUGGGAGGCGUAAAAAACCAGGGUGCGGCUGUGCCACCGGUGGCGUCGCAAGGCCAACAACCAUUGUGCAGCCUCAGUCCAGGAAGUGGUUUGCAGGGAAUGAAGUCGGCGGUCUCCGAUGGGCUGGAACCUGAAGAAGGCGGCACAACUGAAAUUCGGCACGAAUGAUUGAGAGCGGCAGGUCUGCGCCGAAGCUAUG